UCUCCUCUGCACACAGGCAUAUGUGGUAUCUACGUCACUGUGAAGCAGGCACUUCCUAGUUAGGCUAUGUUAUUACAUCGAGUUGAAAACGAACCUACUGCUUUUGGAUACGUCGAUGUGGACACCUAGAUAGUUCGUCUAAUUACCACGAAUCAGUUGAAUUACACGCAGCGGGGUAAAAAAAGAAAUUGCUAAACGUUAUCGCCGUUAUAUUUAGCUUGAAAGCUGACCCCAAACGGUUGAACCGCAGUCUGUUCCGCGUUAGCUAUGUCCGCUUCGAGUGGUUGCUCCCCGGCGGGCCUUGGCCCGGGGUUGUCCAUGUUUCGGUGGUUGGAAGUGCUCGAGAAAGAGUUCGACAAGGCUUUCGUGGACGUCGACCUGCUGCUCGGAGAAAUAGACCCGGACCAAGUCGAUAUAACGUACGAGGGCCGACAGAAGAUGACCACCCUCAGCUCCUGCUUUGCACAGCUCUGUCACAAAUCUCAAACGGUCUUCCAACUAAACCACAAACUGGAGGCUCAGCUAGUGGACCUGCGCUCGGAGCUGACCGAGGUUAAGGCGGAGCGGGCAGUGGUAGAGGCGGAGGUCCACGACCAGCUCCUACAGCUUCAUGCUCUUCAGCUGCAGCUUCAUGCCAAGCAAGGCCAAACGGAGGACUCUGACACCAUCAAAGAAAGACUAGAGAAAGAGCUCAAAGCUAGCAAGAAAGAAAUGUUAGCAGCUGCACGGCUGGACGCAGAAGUGAAACUUUAUAAAAAAGAGAAUGAAGCCCUCCGGAGGCACAUGGCGGUUCUGCAGGCUGAGGUCUAUGGCGCUCGACUGGCUGCCAAGUAUUUGGACAAGGAGUUGGCUGGCAGGGUACAGCAGAUCCAGUUAUUAGGCCGUGACAUGAAAGGACCUGCGCAUGACAAGCUGUGGAACCAGCUGGAGGCUGAGAUUCACCUUCAUCGCCACAAGACUGUGAUUCGAGCAUGUAGAGGUCGCACUGAUCCGAAAAAACCUCUUCCUUCCCCCGUGGGGCAUGAUCAAGACAUGUUGAAGAAAACCCAAGGAGUUGGCCCCAUCAGAAAGGUGGUGCUUGUCAAAGAGGACCACGAGGGACUUGGAAUUUCUAUUACGGGUGGCAAAGAGCACGGCGUUCCUAUUCUCAUCUCGGAGAUCCAUCCGAGUCAGCCUGCGGACCGAUGCGGAGGUCUGCACGUCGGGGAUGCCAUCCUGGCCGUCAACGGCAUCAAUUUACGAGACGCCAAACACAAGGAGGCUGUCACCAUUUUGUCCCAGCAGAGAGGGCAGAUAGAAUUCGAGUUGGUGUACGUGGCUCCAGAGGUGGACAGCGAUGAUGAGAACGCGGAAUAUGAAGACGACAGUGGUCAUCGGUACAGGCUGUACCUCGACGAGCUGGAGGACGGCAACAUGGCACCAAGUGGCUCAGCAUCACUGCAGGCUCUGGAGAAGAUGUCACUGAAGAAUGGAGAGGAGAAAGGGGACACUGGAAUCUCUAGUGAGACGACAUCAGAAGAAACUCAAUCUAAGGCUCUCGAUGCGGUCAACGCCUCCUAGUGGCCACGCAAAGCCAGUGGUCUUCAGGGAGUUGGCAAAGGGUGGAUCAACAAUGUCUCUGAUGAGCCAAAAGACAACAAACAAAUUGAAUAAGUUUUCUCUUCAUCUUGUUAGCUCGGGGGUGGGGAACUUGAAGGAUUUGCCCCGCGGUAUUAGCCGUGGUCUUGGGUGGAGGGUGUAACGUUGGACUAAUUUUUUAUGAUAUUAUAUCUAGACAAUCGGUAAUAUAAAUGUGAGGACAGCUGUUGUUGCCCUGAAAAUAAGUGUCGGUGAUCUGGAGCCUUUGUUGUGAGACAAAGUCUCAUCUUCACGCUUCAACAGGGAAAGUGAUUUUUUUUUUUUUUUUUUUUUGCAAAUCC